AUCCACUUUGGCUCUUACCAUGACCAGCCUCGAUUGCUUCUGGAAUGUGCACAAAACUCAGCCAUCUUUCGUUUUUCUUUCGUCCCACCACCAUUGUCUCGAGAACAACCAGCUCUCACUUUCGAAGGUUUUACGGAAUGGACGUCAUCAUCCCCGCUCCCCACAAGCUAAAAGUCGUUAGCCAUCACCAGUACGACCCUCAUGAGUCAUUUUCACCCUCGUCUGUGAACCCAUCUCCUCUAGAUCAGUUCGAAACUUGGUUCACCGAGGUGCAGGGGAUAGUAGAUGAACCCGAGGCGAUGUGCGUGUCAACCGUGACCGCAAGCGGUGUUCCUUCUUCUCGUUUCGUUCUCUUCAAAGAACUAGACAGCCGAGGGUUCAUCUUCUACACCAACUAUACAUCCCGAAAAUCAAAGGAACUCCAGGAGAACCCUCGGGCUGCACUGGCAUUCUACUGGAAGGCAGUCUCGAGGCAGGUUAGAGUGAUAGGACGAGUAGAGAAGAUCGGUCGAGAGCAGAACGAAGAGUACUUCAAGAGUCGCCCGGUCGGCAGUAGACUCGGUGCUUGGGCUAGUCCGCAGAGUACUGUGGUCGAAGAGGGCGAACUGCGUGAUCGCUUAGACAAGGUCAAGGAACAAUUUGGUGUCAAUGGGUCUGAAGACGCUGAUAUUCCGUUGCCCGAUUUUUGGGGCGGUUGGCGAGUCAUUCCCGAUGAGGUCGAGUUCUGGUCUGGAAAACCUUCGCGCUUGCACGAUCGUCUACGAUACGUCCGCCUCGAGGGUUCGUCCGAUGACGAUCCCAAGUGGAAGAUCGUCCGACUGGCUCCAUAGAACCCUAAUGCCCUAACCCCCUUCAGCUCACCCGCAUCUUGAUAUCUCGCGAAUCAAUAAUCAUGUACAAGAUACCAUAUUGGCUGUAUUGAUUCCCCAAGAAGAGAAGAGUGUACUGUAGAAUAGUAUGUAACAUGUGAAGUAUCCAUAAACCCAAUUGCAGAAACAGCUGGGCGCACUUACAGAUAAAUAGACGCAGAAAACUGGUACAG